GUCCAUAGACCCGUCCGGCUACUGACUGACUAUCGCCUGCUGGCUUUGGGUGUCGAGUAUGCCGACCGCGUUGGCACUGCUGACCCUCUCCUUCUCCUCACCAACGAAGCCCUCGAUCGACGAGCGCUUCAUCUUCAAGCACAUGGCCGAGCGGCUGCAGUCGCAAUCAACGCCGCCGCCGGACGCAGCUGUUGGUGUCCUCCGAAUGAAGGUGGGCAGGGAGACAUGGCAGGUGGACGCUGCUCAGUGCAAGGUCGUCGUGUGCAAGGGUGGCGUCUGCCCGGUGGAGAGCGACGUGCAGGCGGUCGUCGACGCGGAGACUCUCGCCGCUCUCCUCGCGCGGCACACCUCUCCCAUCGCCGCCGUUCUGCAAAAGAAGCUGCGGCUGGCCGGCGACACCGCUCUGCUGCGUUCCAUGGGCUGGCUGUGGGAGGUCUGGAAGCUCGACAUGGGCACAGAGCGGCGCCCAGGGCCGAUCUGGCGGGCGGCAAGAGUGCUGCACUGGGCGGCUUUCAGGGCGCCCUCCCGCAUGGUGCAAGUGCCGCUGCGAGGCACUCUGCGCGCGCUGCGCUGGACGAGUCAGACGGCCAACAGGGCAUGCCGCAGGGGAAGCCUGCGCGAAGGAAGCGUGUGACGCGUAGUGGCGCAACCCAUUUGUAUUAUUGUCAGUCGUGAGAUGUGCCGGCGGCGGCGACGAC